AACAUGUUGGUUUCUUUUUUUAGUAGUUGGCUAAAUUAAAAAAAAAAGGAUUUAUAGCAUCAAAUCAAUAAGAUUUUUUUACAAUUUUCUUAUGAAAAGCUAAAAAAGAAAAAUGCUGGUCAUAGCGAUUGUUACAACACUGCUUUUGUGUGCGGUUUUUUUAUUUCAAGCUUUUGUUAUCGACACUUUUCUUAUCACGCAAUUGAGUUUAACAUGUUAUAUAUUUGUUGGACUGGAUGGUCUUCUUUUGAUCUAUAUUAUAUGUAGUGUUUCAAUGGAGUUGGCAGCAUUGAGAGGAGGUAUUAUAUGGCUUUUUUAUAGCUGGAUUGUGUUAGCCAAACUGACGCUUUUAUAUUGGUGUGUAUUUACCGAUGCGUCACAUCUCAUCAAAGAUGCAAUCGUUUGGACAUAUUUUCAUGUAGAUCAAAGUUUAUUCUUAACGCCAGUGAUUUUUUCUAUUGUGUCUUUUCGAGCUUCUUGUGUACUCUAUGGUUCUUCUCCUCUCGCCGUGACUUUGGAGAGUAUGCUUCAUGUAGACAUGGUGGUUCAUGUUAUACUAGAUCUUAUAGAUCUUUUGUUGAGUUUGCAUAUCUUGAAUUACGAGGAAUUGACUCAUGUCAAAUACUCUUGGUUACGAUUUUUUUCCGGCAUUUUUGUUGUCACGGGAAUUUUCAUGCAUUCCUAUUCAUUUCCAACGACUUUAGCACUUCAAAUGGAUAUUCCACCGAAAUUAACCAAUACGUCUUUUCAAAAACCAGAAGAAACUAUGUCCCAAUCUUAUGACAUGAAUUCGAGUCAUUUACCAUCUCAAGCUGAUAUUUUUUUAACGCGUAAACAUGCGGCUUUAGUAUCAUUAUUUUUUGUUGAUCUUCCACUCGUGGUGUCUCGUAUAACCCUUUGGGUAGUGUUCCCACAUAUCUUUACUGAUCAUUCCAUGUUAGCGAAGAAUAUAUUAUUUAUUCCAUUACAAAUUUUUAGAUUGAAUCAAUGUCGGUUAGCUGAAAAAGAUCGAGCCAAAAAGUUAAAGCGUCAGGGUUAUGUUAAACCGAACUCGUAUUGGAUUGAAGGCACAAAGCAAUUAUUACUUACUGAGAAAGAAUCGAAUCAUACGGGGACUGAUGCAGAAAAGCUACGUGAGGAUGGCACAAGUUGUCGAAACCGCAAAUUAAAAGACCCUCUACAUUGUGUAUCAAACGGGGAAGUGCAUUACAACUCAUAUCGGCCUUCGCACCGCUGGGGUAUUUCUUGGUCUUCUGGUACAAUGUGUGACAACGAUUCAGAAGAAAACAAGUUGCGCAUUGUCACAAGUUGUGAUUCUUUAUCCUACUAUUCUCAUGGUUUCAAAAAUUCUAGUCGUCUCUCCACCAAAAAUGGUGUAUUGGAAUUAGAAAACCCAACAUUAAAUUUAUCGAAAGAUGAAGCGAAUGUGACUAUGAAAACUGGGAAUUUCGCAUUAGAAAGUCCAUCUAAUUCGGAUCUUCACGUGAAAAAAGGGGAUUCGUUAUUAACGCCUUCCGAAAUAUACCAAUUAGUUCGUGAUAUUGAUACGAAAAAAACCAUACCGUUGCGUGGAUUUUCAUUUUGCAUUAUUAUGCGAAAAAUCUUAAAAUGUAUCAAAAUGGGGGGAAGACGCGGCAUGCUUCCCUUGCUGGAUGAUACACUACUCUUAAGUUACUGGAAGCAGAUUCGCUUAAUAUUUCCCUUACUUAUUGCAUGGACGACCCAAAUGAUUCUUGUCAGUAUUGUUGUAUUGAAUACUGAGAAUAGUACACCACAACAAAUAGAUUUUCCUUGGAAACAAAUGUCCUGGGAACAUCGUUUAAUUUUUUAUGUUAUUGGAAUCAGUAGUCUAUUGAUGUUGACAACUUGGUGGAUGUAUACACCGUUUGUUGAUUUGAUGUUUUUUCUUCUGUUAUGGAUGAUUCGUUCAACAUGCUUUGCAUCAACUCUGGUAGUGUUAAGGGAUACCCAAUUUUUUGAAGUAAGUGGGCUAUGGAAUUUUUCCAUUAAGACACAACCCCUCUUACUGCGACUCUUAUAUAUACCACCACUCCUUCGAUUGUUGUAUUCAUUAUUUCCCAUUCAAAGUGCUUUAUUAGGCCGCCAAUACAUUUAUUUUUGGCCGAAAAACAUUGAUCAACCAUCCGCCACAAUACUCCUUCAUCCCCAAAAUAACAAGGGCGUACAUACGGAUGAAAAAGAAAAUAUAACGACCAGUUCUUUGCUUGUAUUUUUAAAUUGUCGGUAUGCAUUAGCUCCAGCAUCUUUAUGUCAACUACUUAUAGGUCCUGAUAUUGUAAAGGACGUUCGCAUCAUAGAUAUGUUAUUAAUGCGCAGCUGGCUGGAAACAUUUUUUCUUCUAACAAUUCAUAUUUUAGUGCUAUCAAGAUACCAAAGUAAAUUUUGUUUCGGUCUUUUUCUUACAUAUUUUAUUUUAUGCGGUAUAUAUAAUAUUGUCACACAAGUGAUACGGUUACUAAGCCUUCGCCGUUAUGAGAUCAAGUUAACUUUUGAACAUAUUUUUAAAAAAAUGCACGAAAACCCUAUUGUACCCAUGAAUAAAACGUCAGACAAUGGUGUUUUACCAAAUUUCCCAUCAGUUUCAAAAAAAGACUCUCAUCAUCUAUCCAAAUUUCAGUCCUGUGUAAUACCACCAAUUUCUAUUGUGCUUCCACCACGCCGAUUUCUUCUUUCUUUGAUGACAGUCUUAGAUAUUUACCAACGUGAAGGUUAUUUUACAUCUCCUGGUCAAAUUUUUUUGAACUACUUUUAAAGUUGACUAAAGA